AGCCUUAGUGCAGGUUAGUUGGUUUUCCACUGUCCUUUGCAGUUAUGGCACGUACGAAACAAACCGCUCGCAAAUCCACCGGCGGCAAGGCUCCCCGCAAGCAGCUGGCCACCAAGGCUGCCCGCAAGAGCGCCCCGGCCACCGGCGGCGUGAAGAAGCCCCACCGCUACCGGCCCGGCACCGUGGCCCUGCGCGAGAUCCGACGCUACCAGAAGUCCACCGAGCUGCUGAUCCGCAAGCUGCCUUUCCAGCGCCUGGUGCGCGAGAUCGCGCAGGACUUCAAGACCGACCUGCGUUUCCAGAGCUCGGCCGUCAUGGCGCUGCAGGAGGCCUGUGAGGCCUACCUGGUGGGUCUGUUUGAGGACACCAACCUGUGCGCCAUCCACGCCAAGCGAGUCACCAUCAUGCCCAAGGACAUCCAGUUGGCCCGCCGCAUCCGCGGAGAGCGGGCAGCCUUUGGGUGGUAUAAGCAAGAGAUCGCGCGCUCACUUGGAGCUGGUGUACUUGGUGACGGCCUUGGUGCCCUCGGACACGGCGUGCUUGGCCAGCUCCCCGGGCAGCAGCAGGCGCACGGCCGUCUGGAUCUCCCGGGACGUGAUGGUCGAGCGCUUGUUGUAAUGCGCCAGGCGAGAGGCCUCGCCCGCGAUGCGCUCGAAGAUGUCGUUGACGAACGAGUUCAUGAUGCCCAUGGCCUUGGAGGAGAUGCCGGUGUCGGGGUGUACCUGCUUCAGCACCUUGUACACGUACACGGAGUAGCUCUCCUUGCGGCUGCGCUUGCGCUUCUUGCCGUCCUUCUUCUGCGCCUUGGUCACGGCCUUCUUGGAGCCCUUCUUCGGGGCGGGCGCCGACUUCGCGGGCUCAGGCAUGGUAAACAGACACAAAAGUCAGCGCUGAAAGAGAAAAAGGUUUUGAAACGCUUCUCCUCUCCCUGCUAUUUAAACAACGCUGUGGCUGGUCUUGCCAGAACAUCAUUCACGGCGCGGCGUUUGAAGAUUCCCACCAAUCAGGAAGCUCUUGCUGUUAUAAAUAGGAACUCCCCCUCGCGCUUCAGCCUCACAUCUUUUGUUCCAGCAAUGGCUCGUACUAAGCAGACAGCUCGAAAGUCCACCGGCGGCAAAGCCCCGCGCAAGCAGCUGGCCACCAAGGCUGCCCGCAAGAGCGCCCCGGCCACCGGCGGCGUGAAGAAGCCCCACCGCUACCGGCCCGGCACCGUGGCCCUCCGUGAGAUCCGGCGCUACCAGAAGUCCACCGAGCUGCUGAUCCGCAAGCUUCCUUUCCAGCGUCUGGUGCGCGAGAUCGCCCAGGAUUUUAAGACCGACCUGCGCUUCCAGAGCUCGGCCGUCAUGGCGCUGCAGGAGGCCAGCGAGGCCUACCUGGUGGGUCUGUUUGAGGACACCAACCUGUGCGCCAUCCACGCCAAGCGAGUCACCAUCAUGCCCAAGGACAUCCAGCUGGCCCGCCGCAUUCGUGGGGAGAGGGCGUAACUUUGAUAACAAAAUCUGAUAAAGACAAAGGCUCUUUUCAGAGCCACCUCCAAUUUUCUUUGUAAAGGGCUGCUACAUAGUUCCUCCUUUGAUCUAAAGUAGAUUGUGCUUUGUGCUGUA